GUGGAAAUUUCAUUGACGUAGAUUACUGCCAAUUCACAGUAAAACAAAGAAAGUUCAUUAUAAAGUUUAUUAUUUAGACUACCGUCCUUUAUCUCUUUAUCUUUAUUUCUAUAGAUCUCGAGCACGUCAGACCGUUAUAAGAGAGGGGUCACCCUCGAUCAAAAUGAUAACUAUUAUCUACUGUCUUUUAUUCCGUUUUGAACAGGGCCUCGUCUGGUGACGCUAUGAACCUUCUAGUGACCGGUCUACUUAUUGUAGUCCCGCUUGUAAAAGCGGCCCAGUUUGAGAACGGCCACCAAGUUGGAACGGUUACAAGUCACUCUAUAACAGAAGCUUCCGGUUUGUGCGCAAGUAGGACGCAUCACGAUGUCCUCUACACGCAUAACGACUCGGGUGAUACUCAUCGUAUUUACGCCAUAAGUGCCACCUCCGGACAUCGUCUUGGUACGAUUUACAUUAAUGGCGCCCACAGCCAGGACUGGGAAGACAUCGCCUGUGGUCCGUGUACUGGGGGAUCGGGACACUGUAUCUACAUAGCGGACACUGGAGGAAAUGCGGGCGGUGAUGCAAAUACAAUUUAUAGAAUCCGUGAACCGGCUCACAUUCACGACCAGAGUGUAAAUCUAGACGGAACUCUCCAGUUCAGUUGGGAUCAACAUGACUGUGAAACAGUGCUGGUGGAUCCAAGAGGGGAGGUUUACGUGGUGUCUAAAGUUGGUCCAGGUCACCAUGGAAAAUUCGUCCAUCUUCCGUCCAGCGCAUGGAACCAACACCACCACGUUUGGGUGAACGACGGGGUGUACCUCCCCAUCACAGCCAGCAGCAACAGCCCUGUGGGAGGGGACAUAUCACCGCUGGGAACAGAGCUCCUGUUAAAAACAUAUGGUCAUGUGUACUACUGGCAUAUCCAGGACGGUAACUACGAGGCACACAUUCACAAUUACCCUCAGGCGCUGCCCUACCACCCUGAAAGACAAGGCGAGUCCGUCUGCUGGAAAGUGGACAACAGCGGCUACUUCACGCUCUCCGAGGGCGCCAACUCAGCCCUCAAUUUCUACAGGCGAAUAUCCGCACCUCCCUCUGGGAGCAUUGUAGGAUAAAUGUUAAAAACGGAAAUUGCAAUGCUCAGAAUGUAUAGAUGAUAAUGAUGUAUAUUUAGUUACACUGAAGUUGUGUAAUCUGUUGAAUGAGGAAUCUUCUUUGAGAACAGUACCUCUGAUCUUGUUUUCAUUUUACACUUGAAAAUUAUUAGAAAUUUAAUUUAGAAUGAAAAUUGACCUCCAUAAAUGGAUUCAAAACGCA